AUGCGUUUCUCUCGAGGCUGCCAAGCGGCUCUUCUGGCUACUGCCGGAACUUUGACUUCUGCCACCAGCUUCAAGAAUGGCUCGUACGACUACAUCGUUGUCGGUGGUGGUCCCGCUGGUAUCAUCACGGCUGAGCGCUUUGUUGAGGCUGGAAAGAGUGUUCUUCUCCUUGAACAGGGCACCGGGCCUACUGUUGCAACCGGCGCAAACAGCACCCUCCCCUGGGACACCAGCUUGACCUCGAUCGACCUGCCCGGCCUGUCCGCCGAUAUUGGCUCACUUCCUGCGUGGGACGAAUACCUAUGCUCCGAUACGUCAGGAUAUGCUGCCUGUGUGCUUGGCGGUGGAGUCACUAUCAACUAUAUGGUCUUUGUGCACCCACCAGAGCAUGACUUUGACGAUAAUAACAACUGGCCCGAGGGAUGGAAGUGGAAGGAUCUUAAGCCUGCUGCCGAGAGACUAUAUAAGCGCAACCCCGGUACCAUCUUGCCUUCCGCUGAUGGCAAGUACUAUGACCAGGGACUUUAUACUGUCCUUUCCAAAUUCCUUAGCAAGCUUGGCUGGAAGUCCGUCAACAUGAUCACCCAGCCUAACGAGAAGUACCAGGUCUACAGUCACCCAGCAUGGAACGUCCAGGAUCAGAUGCGCGCUGGCCCCGUGCGCACCUAUCUACCCCUAGCCCAGAAGAGCCACAAGUUCACUCUGAGCCUGAACACCAAGGUGAUUCGCGUUGUGCGUUCCGGAGGCCAAAUCACCGGUGUGGAGCUGCAGACUGCUUCUGGUGAGACUGAGAUCGUGUCCGUUGCCCCUAAUGGUCGUGUUGUUCUCGCCAGUGGUGCCCUCGGCACUCCUCGCCUCCUCUUCAACUCCGGUAUUGGCCCGAAGAAACAGAUCGAGACCGCGAAGAAAGCCGGUAUUGCUGUGCCCUCAGAGCAGGAAUGGAUCAACCUGCCCGUGGGUGUCGGUCUCAAGGAUCACCCCAUCUUCACCAUCCUGGCCAAGACCGAUGGCGACUUCGGUAUUCCAGACUACGAGAGCAUCCUGAACGGUUCUGACCACAAGGACAUCAGUCUCUACCGCAAGGGUGAUGGUAUCUUGACCCAGGGCAAGCACCGCUUGACAUUCUUCUCCUCCAACGAGAUCAACGGCACUACCCGCUACUACCAGGGCUCAUGUGCUCCUAAGGCUGACUCCGUCCUCGAUAUCACCACCUACAUGACCCACGGUCUUACCUCUUCGGGUGUCUUGGGCAUUGACGAGAACCAGAAGACUAUCUUCGAGAAGUCUCCUUAUCUGCAGACUGAUGGUGACCGCGUGGCCGCUCGUAGCUUCAUCCAGUCGCUCGUCAACGAUUUCAACGAACCUAAUUCUGGUUUUGAGCUGGAGACCUACACCAAUGCUUCCGCUAUUAUCUCCUCUCUGUCCCCUGGUAUGCACUACACCACCACUGCCAAGCUUGGCAACGAUGAUGGCCGUAAGAGCGGUACUUCCGUGGUGGAUCUCAACACCAAGGUGUACGGAACCGACAACCUGUUCAUUGUUGAUGGUAGUAUCCACCCUGAUCUCCCAACUGGUAACAUCCAGACCACCAUCAUGAUCAUUGCGGAGGCUGCUGCCGCUCGUAUUCUCGCUCACCAGUAG